AUGGCGUCUGCUCUGAACUCUGCGCCAACGGCGAAUGCCUCUGGCAAUGCCAACUCUGGCUCUCACUCUGGUCGUUCUACUCUGAGACCUUCCAACAGUACCAAGGGGUCUGACAACCGCCGCCAGUCUGGUAGCCCAGUCGACGGUGGUGCACGGCGCUCCAACUCUCAUAAGGCCUGGACCCAAGGCACCAACCCUAUCACCCAGCGAUCCUCCCACUCCACAUCCAACGGAAACAUGGCCCACCGGGGCCAGUCUGGCUCUCCACGGCCAAACCAAAAGGAAUCGAACACUCCUGACAGCCAUGCCCAUGAUCGCCUGGUCUUUUUGUUCGCCAGCUUCAUUGGACUACAAACCACCAUUACUACAAAGGCCGGAGAGAAGCUUAGCGGUAUAUUUUCUAACUCGACCCUGGAGUCAAAUGACUCGUCCUUCACGCUCAAGAUGGUCCAGCGCGCUGACCAGGAGGACCAACUCACAACAAACGGCGUGAGCGACGUCGCGGUCCCGUAUCUGGGCAGUGGACCUGAAUAUAACAUGCAAUUUGAUAUCCGGGAGAUUGCGGACAUCUCUGUACCCAAUGUCACUACUGCUGAAGUCUCGGCUAAGGUGUCCAAUGGUGCUUCUCAGGGAUUCAGGACCGACAGCGACAUUUCCGGAAACCUCGCCAUGCGCGAGCGUACACUACAGCGCUGGGAACCUUCUGAGAACGAUGUCGAUAUGUCAAUUGAGACCAGUAACAGUGCCGCCGGAUGGGAUCAGUUCGAGACAAACGAGCGGCUUACCGGCUUUAAGAGCGACUACAACGAAAGCAUCUAUACCACCCAUCUCGACCGCACUGAUCCUAGUUACUCGGCUGCGCUCGAAAAGGCAUCUCGUAUCGCGGCUGAAAUUGAGGGCUCCGCUUCGGACAAUUCUCACCUGCGUGAAGAGCGCGGUCUGGUGGAACCUGCCACUGGCGAUCAAGAUGAAGAGGACAAGUACAGUGGUGUUCGCCGCGAGGAGAAGGCUUUCCCUCCUUUGCUCUCUGGCCAGCCAAAUAAAUAUACCCCUCCUGGGCGCCGGCAAGCUGCUCCCCAGCCUACCAACGCACCUCCCAAGCAGGCCGCCCCCCCUGCAUCUGUUCCUUCCAUUACAAAGAAGGAGACACCCACAGCCCAGCAGCCUGAGCCAACCACAUUGCAACCCUCAGCCGAAAUUGAGAGUGGGAGCGCCUCAGCCAAGGCUUUCUCGCCUGGUCCUCCCGCGGUCAAGCGUCCUUCUGCCGAAAAUGCUACGGCGAAUGUGGAGACAGAGGUACUGGAUCAUUUCCGCCAAUUUGCCAACAGCGAGAAGCUCAAGAUGCAAGAGCGUCGUCGCAAUCAAGCCUCCUAUGAUCGCACUGUCAAACUCAACGAGCUAAUGAAAUUCUCAAAGAGUUUCAAGCUUUCUACUCCUGUGCCCAAGGACCUUGUCCCAAUUCUGGCCAAGGACCGCAUGAAGCAAGAGGAAAUCAUCCAGCGAGCUCAGCAAGCCCAGCAACAGGGGGUGGAUGAAAAGGAUAUGCCUAAAAUCACAUCGCCUCCUACCGAACCGAAGCCUCCUGUUCGUGGUACUGGACCUACUGGUGCUGUCCCUCCUGUCGCUCCGGCUGAUCGCCAAAACUACCAACGUUCUCGACAGGGCUAUCCUCCUACAGGCCCUCUUGCUGGACCUAACGGACGUUUCCCCCAGCAACCUAUUCAACCCGGACGUCCCGGUGUUGGUAUGCUUGGUCACCGCCUAGCAGACAAUCUACAGCAGCGAAAGGGCGCUGGUGUGGCUCCUGUUCCUGCUCCGCUUCCCAUCCAGGAUGCUCGCGGGCCUCCCACUGGUCCUGCUAGCGACCAGCACAGAAUCACUAGCCCUGUCAAGUCGCAGGGACCUGGAUCUUCUGCAUCCAGCAAGUUCAACGUUCGGGCUAUGGAGUUCAAGCCAAACCCCGCAGCGAGUACUUUCACCCCUGGCGGUGCUCCCUCAGCCACAACUGCUAGCCCACGGCCUUUCUCUCGUAGCCGUUCCGUGUCUCGCACAGCCACUCCCACUGCCUUUUUUGGCCCAAGGAAGCCUCAGCCCAUCUCGGAGCGACCUUCUCUCCAGGACCAGUUCAAUCCAAUCAAGCGCAUGAAGAAGGAGGGCGCAGGACAUACCGAGAAGCCAUACAUUUUCAACGAUGGAAUUCCACCCCCGUACAAGACUUUGCCGACCUGGGACACUAUUGAGGGUAACGAGGAAAAGACAUAUGAUCAAAUGUUCAAACAACCUAUUGUUCCGUCCUCGGCUCAGGGACGCUCCGUAUCCAACAACCCAAACAUUCCCCAGCAGCACGGGAUGUCUUUCCAUUUCCAGCAAGGAAACCCCGGUCUCCCUGCUUCUGGUGGCCCCAAUGGCGGACACCUCCAUCCUCAGGGUCAUCACGGGCCCCCCCACGUCGACGACCAUCGCAUGCACAUGUCUGGCUCGAACUCUGGAGUCUUCCCGUCUCCCCGAAUGCAACCUGGAUACCCUUCUCCUAUGGCGCCCCCAGCCCAAGUGGCCUUUGGGCAGCCGAUGCCCCCCUUCUAUGGCAACCCUCAAGGUGGUCAAAUGAGACCCUACCAGGGCGGUCCCCAGUUUGUGAACCCGCAAGCUCCAAUGAUGGUGCAGCAGCCGUCCAAUGGACCCUUCAUGGGAGUUCCACAGGGUAUGGGUCCAUACAACCAACAGAUGCCUAUGUACUCCCCCUCUCCCGCCCAUGCAUACCCGCAUGCACCUGCACCUCAGCCUCAUAGCGGAUACCCCAGUCCGAGCCGCGGUGCGCCCAUGAUGAUGCACCAGAACUCGCAGUCAGGACAACCCCCGCAACCGAUGAUGUAUAUGCCUGGACACAUGCCUCCCAACCGUGGCAAUUACCCGCAGCAACCUCAUUUCUCCUCCAGCCCGCAUCAGUCACAUCACUUCCAUCCCAACCAACACCGUACACCCAGUAACGGGUUCAACCAAAUGCCCCAAAUGCCCUCUCAGAUGUCUAGCAACACACCGAACUCCGGAGCUUCUCAUUCCGCCGAGGCCACAGACGAAGGCAAAUGA